CGCCGCCCGCGCCGCCCGCCGCCUUGGGGGACGAGGAGCUGCGCGCGGCCUCGGAGGGGCCCGGGCCGGAGCCCCGCGGACCCCCGGGCGCCGGGGAGCCGGGCGCCGCGGUCUCCGGCAUGGAUCAGUGCGUGACGGUGGAGCGCGAGCUGGAGAAGGUGCUGCACAAGUUCUCGGGCUACGGGCAGCUGUGCGAGCGCGGCCUGGAGGAGCUCAUCGACUACACCGGCGGCCUCAAGCACGAGAUCCUGCAGAGCCACGGUCAAGAUGCUGAAUUAUCAGGGACACUUUCACUUGUUUUGACACAGUGCUGCAAAAGAAUAAAGGACACUGUCCAGAAGUUGGCCUCUGACCACAAAGACAUCCAUAGCAGUGUUUCUCGAGUUGGAAAAGCCAUUGAUAAGAAUUUUGAUUCUGACAUUAGCAGUGUGGGAAUAGAUGGCUGCUGGCAAGCAGACAGCCAAAGGCUUCUCAAUGAGGUGAUGGUGGAACAUUUCUUCCGACAAGGAAUGCUGGAUGUAGCUGAGGAGCUCUGCCAGGAGUCUGGUCUGUCUGUGGACCCAAGUCAGAAAGAACCAUUUGUGGAGUUAAAUCGAAUAUUAGAAGCAUUAAAAGUCAGAGUUCUGAGGCCUGCUCUUGAGUGGGCGGUAUCAAACCGAGAAAUGCUCAUAGCCCAAAACAGCUCCUUGGAAUUUAAGCUACACCGACUGUAUUUUAUUAGUUUGUUAAUGGGUGGAACUACAAAUCAGCGAGAAGCCUUACAAUAUGCGAAAAAUUUCCAGCCAUUUGCCCUAAAUCAUCAAAAAGACAUUCAGGUAUUGAUGGGAAGCCUUGUGUACCUGAGACAAGGGAUUGAAAAUUCACCCUAUGUUCACCUACUUGAUGCAAACCAGUGGGCUGACAUCUGUGACAUCUUUACUCGGGAUGCUUGUGCCCUCCUGGGGCUCUCCGUGGAGUCUCCUCUCAGUGUCAGUUUCUCAGCAGGUUGUGUGGCACUGCCUGCGCUGAUUAACAUCAAAGCUGUGAUUGAGCAGAGGCAGUGCACCGGAGUCUGGAACCAGAAAGACGAGUUACCUAUUGAAGUGGAUCUUGGUAAAAAGUGCUGGUAUCACUCCAUAUUUGCCUGUCCCAUUCUUCGUCAGCAAACAACAGAUAACAAUCCACCCAUGAAAUUGGUUUGUGGCCAUAUUAUAUCAAGAGAUGCCCUGAAUAAAAUGUUUAAUGGUAGCAAAUUAAAAUGUCCAUAUUGCCCAAUGGAACAGAGUCCAGGAGAUGCCAAACAGAUAUUUUUCUGAAGAAAUGAGUUUGUUUGCAAUUUGUAAGUGAAACUGAAUUAUGGGUACAUUCGAGACAAGAGUGUUCCAUUGACUGCAGCUGUUCAAGGACUGCCCCGUUUAUAAGCUGUGCUCCAGAAGCUGCCGACAUGCUAGUGUGCGUGGAGGGAGAGCCCCAGCUGGGCAUCACAUAGGGCUUUAUUCACUCUUGGUCUUCGUUCCUGAUCAAGCAAAUACACCAGCAGUUGUCAUUCAGUGCAGGUUUUUAUACUUACUAUAUGGUGAUUUUUUUUUUUUUUUUUUUUUUUUACUGCAAAGCAGAAACAGAAGUUGACCUUCCUGACAUGUGUUUAAUAUUUCCCCUGCUUUUACUUCUGUAAUUUUCUUGAUAAUUGUAAGCUUGAGAGUGUUUGUGGAAGAACUUUCUUUCUUGUAUAUAUAAUUAAAUGAAAAUUCUUCAUAGGAGUUUGACAAAUUGAAUUGUGGUCAUAAAACAAAUUUGGGUUUUUUUGUUUUCUUUUUGGCUUAAGGAAGAAAGCUGUGAUAAAUUCCAAAUUUGCAUAGCUUUUUGAUGUUUUUCUCUGCUCCACUCUUGCUUCAAAGUCAGCACGCAUGCAAUUGAGUCUAUAGCCCAGUAGGCUGCCUGUUUAAAAUUCCAUCAUGAAUUUAGCAGGCUGAUGUGAGAAUGAAAGCUAUUACUGUUGGUUUUUUUUCUUUUAUUACCAAGAGGUGCUUUUUUUUUUUUUUUUUUUAAUAAAUGGAAUUCUGAAGUUAGGGUGUUACUAAGUUGAGAUACGCUUUCUGUCUUGGCACCCUGUCUUUUGAAAUCUGCCUUUAAGAUUUGGCUGUAUCACAUUAGUUUAUCAGCACAGACAUGCAGUGUUGUGCAUGUGCGUAUGAAUAUGUGCGCCAGCAUAAAACACUGUGUUUGUGGAAGGGAGGAAGCAUGUUCCGGUUCUACAUGCAGGUGCCAGACUUGAGGCCCUUAAGGAUAGACACUAGCAACUUUGUGUACUGCGGACCUCGUUUGCUGCUGCUCUGUGUUUAAUUAGUACAUUGUUCAUGCCUCUCUUCUGCAGUGUCCUAUCCCAUUGACUGUGAACCUGUAUAUUAAUCAGAUGGCUACAGAUAAUAAUCUUUUCUUUUGUGAGGUAUCUUCAUUUAACACACUGCCCAGAAAGAGCCGUGUGUAAGAGUUAUUCUCUAUAUGAGGAACUUCAUGGAAAAGACUUCUGUGGACGUAAUUCUGACUUAAACCCACGAAAUACUUCGUCUUGAGAAGAGUGCUGUAUAGACAUCACCACCUUUAUUUCAUCUGAUAUAGGUCUGAACAUCAACAUAGGAAUACUUUCAUGAGAAAACGAAAAAAGUUGUAAACAUGGAAGCAACAAGAAAUGUGACUCUUCUAUUUCAAACUACAGACGGAAUUGGUUUAAGGGAAUGGGGGUAACAGCUUUGGUGCUAAGAUAUUUAGAAAUUGCCAGCAUUCGUAGUGGUGUACUAUAUACUAGCCUGGAUAGUGUCUCCUGAAUUGUUUACCUAGGAGGGCUGGCGUUUGCUUGUGAAGGGAAAGUGUAAUACUUGCAGAAAAGCCUGUGAAAUGGCCAUGUGGUCAGUUUCAUGUUGAUGGCUACUGUGUGCUGUGUAGGUUAGCUGGGGUCAUGAUUGAUCCAGCUCAGAGUGCAUGCUUUGUUCAAACUCAACCUGGCUCACAAUGACUUCUAUUUCCCUAUUGGGAUGCUCUGUAAAAUCCCUCAUGCCCCAUGAAGCAGUGCAAGGAAGAGCAGAAACACUUCUAGACUGCAGGAGAGCGGACACAGUGCCAGGCAGUAUCCUUUUGAGGGUAUAAACUCAUUUACUAUGGAUAUUUUUUCCCUUGAAUUAAAUUCUAGAGUGACAGACUUUUUUUUUUUUUAAACCAAUCUUUUUAAAACUACACCAAAUUUGGUUUUUAGGGUUUUUUCCCCCUAUAACUUAUUCUUACCUUCCCACCUCAAACAUAUACACGACAUUUAGACUUCAUGUAAAGUUUGUGUGAUACAGACAUGCUCUUGAGGCUGGUGAAAAUACUUCUGGAAGCAAGACCCUUCACACUGUUGGCUCAGGCCGUUUUAAGGACAGAGGCUCUGCCUGGUCCUCCUGGUGCUGGGAGUCUCAUUUGACAGUCUCUUGUGAAGCUUAUAUAACUUUAAAAAGAAUGAGCUUUAACAUUUUUAACAUUGUGUUUAACAUUUUAACAUUUUUAACAUUGUGUUUGACCUUACAGCUUCCUCCCAUGGGCAGGCAGGGCAAGGGCCCCCAGACUGAAACUUGAUCUUACAAUUUACCAUGGAAAUUAGGUCUGAAGCUCUUCUUUAAAUGUGUGGACUUUAUCUGUGAGAGACUGACUGCAGCAGAGGUGAAUUUGAAGAAGGCAGACCUUGACCAAAGAUGCUGACAUACAAUAUUGGGAUCCUUGACUCUAGAACCUCCUUCAUGGUGGUAUAGACCAUGCCAUCACUAGUGUCAUGCUAAUGCUGACAUGCAGGAGGGUGUCAUUUGUCUCUCUGAGUCUUAUUAGAGAAGGUAAUGCUAGAGGCAAAGAUUGUCAGUUACACAGAUAGCAGGCAUUGGAAAUGGCCCAGAAUGGCUUCUUUGAGAGCCAGUUCCUUUCCUGGUUGUGGGCAAAGGCAGCCUUGAGACUCUGCUAAACCAAUAAAACCUUCUUAGCAAAUCUUUGGAUUCUGGUAUAGACAGAGCCUCUCUACAGUGGCUAAGAUUUUCAUUGAUCUGUUUCUCUUUUGUGUGAUCAUCACAGAUGCCAUUUCUAUUCUAUUGAUGAUUAUAUGAGACUCUUAAUACAUAAAUGAACGGGUAUUGGUGCCUCUUUAUUUUUAAAAAAUUGAAGAAAAAGAGCCACCUCAUAUUCAUAGUGUGUAUUUUGUGAGUGUGUGAGCAUUUAAUUGAAAAUAAGAAAGUUAUGAAGUAAAUUUUUCGUUUUACUUUUUCUACAGCAGCUAAUGUGUAGGGAGACAUUAAACCCACACCAAAUCAUGUGGGGGUGAGGAUCCCCCAAUCUUCCUCUCCAGGUGGCCAGUCCCACAGGCUGUACAGCUCAGAUUCCGAAUCUUUGUGUCAUGUGUUGUUUCCACCUCCGUGGUGUCGGCCUUUGGGACAGUGUGUAUCAAAAGCCAAGAGUUGUUGGUUUAUCUACAAACACAAGCUGCUGGUAGACUACACUAGCCCUCUGGUUUCCCAGCGCAAGCUCUCAUACAAUGGACUGGCAGCUGCACUGUCCGGCGUGUGGUCAGCCGACUCAGGUUCUCUUCAGGGAAGAUAAAGGCAAGCUUUGUUCUGGUUCUUCUCUAGGGUGUACAGUGAAGACAAACCAAAUAUUUUUCACCAUUCAACUGUCUGUAUGUUAUCUUUGCUAACACUAGAGUAAAACACGAAGAGGGAGCAUUAAGCAAGGACCACAUACAAGGCUUGGUGUUUCAUAAGCCUACCAGCUGACAGGUUGUAUGUGGUACUGUAGUUCACCAUAAGCAGGUACAGGCGUCAUGAACUUUUCAUACUGAAUUAUAAUUGAGUAGAUACCAAAAACAGAGUGGCAAAUGUAUUUUAUUAGUAGCAGACGAGGCAUUUAGUUUUAGGGUGAAUUUUCCACUGUUGAUUUUACUUUAAGAUGUAGCAAGAGAACAUUUUGUUUUUAAGGCAUUUUAAAACUGUAGCAAGCAUAUGCUUCAUUUACUUCCAAAGAGGCAAAAGCAGCUAUCCUCGCUUACAGUACAGCUUCGCUCCAUGGUAUGGGUGGACACCUACACUUUUUAGUAGCAGCAGUCUUAAACUACUCACAGCCAGGUAGGUAGUAGUUAGUGCCUGAACAUUUCUUUGGGAAGGGGCUCAAGUGAAUGUCCUGGGGAUGGAGGGAAGCAGAAGGAAAUGGGAGUGUGAGUGAGUGUGCAUGUGUGGAAAUUCACCAUCACCCAGAGCUAGCAAGCGACUGCUAUUUGUCAUGUUUUACUCAUGACUGCAGCGUGCAUGUAUCUCUUCGCCAUGUUUUCUAACCUACACUAAGGAUUCACCAGAUCAUCUUGCUCAGAUGGCUCAGGAUUGUAUUCCUUUGGCUUACCCCGUGCUCCUGGUUCUAUGGUGUUUCUAUAAUUAUGAAUAGUGUUGCACUGUAAUCUAUCAUAUAGAGCUAUAUGUAUGGAAAUUUUUGAUCAGUUUUUUAAGAGAUGUAUCCUGUUUGCAAAGGCACAAUAAAAUUGCAUCUUCUAGAUUAUAGGCAAUAAAGGUAACAAUAAACAUUAUUUAACAAAUCAGA